GGAAGCCCACCAUGUUAGGACAGUUAGCUCACAUGAUAGCUAGCGACAUUCUGAGUAAUGAGAAUACAGUGUGUGUGUAGCAAAUAGCUGCGCAGUUCACCGAUUAUAGCUGCAUAUUUAUCAAUGAUUCUUUCAGUGAAUUUCUCUGGGAGGAGCAGAAUGAACCGUUUUAACCCCACCGUUCCCGCUGACCAAUAUCUCGCGGACAGCAAUGUGUUGUUCUACUUGAGUGAUGCUGUGACCCAGCUGCUAGAGCACAAAGAGGAAUACACCCAGUUCGGAGUGAUCCGCUACUUCGCUGAAUAUUUCAGCAGUGUGAAGAACAGUAACCACGUCCUCUUCAGAGAGUUUAACUACAUCCAGGCCACUCCACAUAACAGAGCGUCUUUCAUUCGAGUAUUCUGGAGAUGCUACAGACAGAUCGGCAAAAGUGGAGAUUUGCUCUCCAUGCUGGAGUACAGGUCUUUGCUGCAGUUACUGUGUCCAGAUUUCCCGGUGAUGUUGGUGCAGAGUGCAGCCAGAAUUGCUGUGAUGGACGACAGCAUCGAUUGUCUGAUAUCUUUCUCUGACUUCCUUUAUGCCUUCCAGCUGCAGUUUUACUACCAAGAGUUCCUGGACAGUGUGCUAGUAAUCUACCAGGAUCUGCUAGCAGGGAAGAGUCCCAACACGGUUAUUGUCCCAACAUCCACCUCCAUCGAGCAGAUCCCAUCUGUGUUCACAGAGGAGAACAAGGAGGAGGAGCAGAAGCAAGAUGGGGUGGAGCCGUCCACUCUGGCUCUCUGUAUAGAUGCCCUGUGUGAUAGGUCCAAACAUAGUCAUCCCCCCAGGUCAUGUAUGAGGGAAAUCCUGAAGCAGACUGACAGAGUUUCUUACUACAGCUUCCUCAUGAGUCUGGCUAAACAAGAGACCAUCAACCAAACUAUAGGAGUGUUACCCAGUAAUGCAGAGCUGCUCAUUGAUCCAGAGAUGGACCAGGAACUUGACAAACUGAUUGCUCAAAUAUCAGUGAGUCCUGGCAGCAAUAGCAGCAGCAGUGCUGUGGGGGGGCUAAAGGAAGUGCAGAGGAAGGCAUCCCCCAGGAGGAACAUCCAUCACAGAAGGAGGAUGGAAGUGGAGAGUGAUGGCUCCACUGAAGAGACUGACUCAUCUGAAAACUGAUCUCUGAUCACAUAUUGACCUGUCGCCUGCCAUCUCAAAGGCAUUUCAAGGCAGAUGACUGCCCCUCCUUGAACAGCCCUCCUAAAACCAGGCGAUUUUUCUGGAGGUCUCUUUCUCCGCUGCCAUCAAGAGCUGCUCAUACAGAGCAUCUGAUCGCUGUGGUUCUUGCUAAUAUUUUAGGGUUCUUACCUUAGUAUAUAAAGUACCUUGAUUCUGUCAACUAGUAGUGUAUAAAUACAAUCAAAUGGUAUAUAUUACAUUGUUGUACUGCAGUCUUUAUAACAAAGCUAUCUUUGACACAUUGCAAAUGGACUACAACAGAAGAACCAGUCACAGUCAAAUGGAAUUGAAAAUGUGUUCACAUAAAAUAAGAGUAAUAUUGUUAAUUAAGUCCAUUUAUGUUUCUAGUAAAACACUCCAUUAACUAUCAUUGCAGCAUGUCUUGAAAAAUGUGCUUUAUUGAAUUUUACUGAAGUCCACUGGGUAGUUAUUUGAGCAAUGAUUUUGAAGCCUCUACCCGAAUGAGUGGGGAGAGAGUAGUUACUUUGAUUUUCACCUGAACUUAAAAACUGUAUGUAUAGAAUCACAAUGCAAAUGAUAAACACUGUUUAAAAAGUUCUGCAUUUUCCCCCCAAAUCAGGUGAAGAUUGCUUUCCCUGUAGGUUUUACUUCUAUACAACAUAAUAGCUUUAUAAACAACUCACUCCACAGUGAUAGCAUGGUCAACAUUCUGGCUUAUGCACCAGAACAAUCAUGUAAGUUCUUUUUAAUUUAUCUGAAAUAUCUGCAAACAAAUUGUCCCCUUAGUGCUGGCUGAUUGAGUAUUACAUAGCCAAGCUGAAUAUUCAUUAACAAUAUAUAUUUCCUGCUAGUUUCUCGUCAUAUUUCCAGGCAUUUUUUUGAUGGUGAAGCAAGUAUUAAAUUAGGUCUACAUGGUAUGAAAAAGGUCUUGAAAAUGAUCUCUUGAAUGCUGUAGAAAUGCUGUGAUACCAGCAAACUAACCUCAUAUUAGCUCAUCGUCUUCAUCUGGGUGAAUGUUUCCUGCUUCUUUGAGGGUGGCAGUAACAAUGUCAUUAGCUUUAUGUAUAUGCUAAUAUAUGUUUUAUUUUUAUUUAUUAGAUGAAGCUUUAUUGGUGAAUGUAAUUUGAUUUGUAUGAAGAGCCUUACUCACACUGUGAAUAAUAAAGAUAGAACUGUGAUGCUUGAGA